GAUUACAGACACAAAACCAAUUUAGUUGCACGUUGCACCAGUUCCAUACAGGACGGCUCUAAGUGGAAUUGUGAGAAAUUAAAGUGCGAUCGAAAGUCAACAGCCGGUUUAUUUCAUUGAAACUGAAUUUUUAUCAAAAAAAAAAAGUGUCCCGAUUAAUAACUAACCAUUGUUUUUUUAAAUUCAUCCACUGUUAUUUUUUUCUUUCCAUUUAUUUUACUAUCUUUCAUAAACUUAAAUUAAUUAUCCUAAAUUUCCCAAAUAAGUUAAAUCUACUUAUAGAAAAAAAUAUGCUUGUGAUAAAAAAUUCGAAUUGGAUUAAAAAGUGUCAUAAACUACAUUCUUUAUGUACUUGGUGAAGAAAUUUUCAAUUGAACAUGAAAAAACGACUGCUGAACCAUUGUUUUUCGCCUGGAAUGGUCCCAUCUAGUCGUCUUAAGCGUUAAUAGAAAAACAGUAAAAUGGCCUCCUUAUCGGGAGACGGUGGGUCAGGAUCUACCCGCUGUAUUUUAUUGCUGCAGAGAGCAUUGGCGAUUCAAUUAACAAGAGGAAAUUCACCCCAAAUUGUGAAUUCCGGCCAGAGGAGCAGCGACCAUCCUGCCGAUGAAAUGUGGAUGUACGACAAAGGCUACAAUCUAUUUCAAAGUUUCUUGGAAGCGAAUUCCAAGUGCUGGUGGAAUAUUGCAUUGGUGGAUGCCACUCGUCAGCUUCGAUACAAAGGUCAUGUGUCUCCGGGAGUGCUCAUGGUUGGAGGACCACCCUGUGCUCUGGAAGUCUUGAGAGCAGCAUGGUCCAGGAACGUCCUCAGGCCACCUGCCGAUCACACAAUCACCUGCCUCGGAGACAUUGACGAUUGUCUAGUGGCUCCGGUUGCUCAGGGACAAUUCACACCACUACCUGAAGCUCUUUGCUGGGCGAUAUUAGAAUUAACGACACAGCGUCAGGCGGCGACUCUCGACACUUUGAGAUCGGCGUUGAAAAAUGCCUUCCCGACGAUGCAGCGACCGAAUCGGGAACUCGUCUACGACGCACUGGCGAAAUUAAUGCAGGAGAGGAAGAUCUAUCAUACGUCGCAGGGUUAUUUUGUUGUCACUCCGGAAACCAAGAGACUCAGGCGGGACAGUGGGAACUUUAGGCGAAACUCUAGGGAAAUGUCGACGACGAACCAAAUGCUGAUGAGCAAUGAUGAGGCAAUGGCGUUGGUUCAUGGCGAAAUGCUGACUCUUAGGGAUGGCGACGUCACGCAUCAAGCAGUGCAGACCAACUUGGCCGACGUGAUCUGUGGUGGCAAUCCGAACGACAAAGUCCUCUUCGCCAGAUGUCGAUCGGUGCCCGGACGUCUGGAGAGGCGCCACUCACUCCGACUGUGGGGUUCGGCCAGACGUCUCCAUCGGAGUGGAAGUUCGCGAUCUCUUCCCCGAAGGCCGGAUCAAAGUGAUACUUCAUCGAGUGCCGAAUACGCCAGCACUGACAGUACAGCCCACAGUCCAACAAAAAAAAUCGGUCUACUCUCCCGCCUUUUUCGACGAAGCACCAGAAGAAAAACUCCACUUAUGGGAACGUUCAGUGCACAAUAUCCCCCGACAGAAUGGUUCAAUCCCCGGGUCGUUCAUUUGCAUAGCGUCGCAACCCAAACACGAACUGCCAGUCCUUCUAUACUGGAAGACCAGUCGCAGGCCAGUUUUCAAGUAUGGGACGACUCGAGUUCGGUCCGUUCGGCAACACUUCCACGACGACAUCGCCGACAACCGAGUGGCGAUUCCUCCAGUUUGCUAGCAAACUCGACCCCUAGAAGUUCGCGACGUCACCGAUCGCCAUGUUCAACUCUCCCGAGAUCGAAGUGUUCGAGUCUGAGUCGAUGCGCCUCGACAUCUAAUAACCAGCAGCAGAAGAUUGAACCCCAAACGGAAAACAAGAGCGAAAAUGUCAAAGUUUCUAAUAAUUCGUCGCCUAAUAGAAUUGGGAGUAACUUCGGUUCGGUGAGAGCGAAAUCGGCGAAUAUCGGAGCUUUGGGAAUAAAGUCCAUGAGACCACGACGACCGAGUCAGGAUUUCAGUAGUUCGAGUUCUAAAUCACUUAAUUCUUCGCCACAGCAUAAGAUUAUUCAGAAAAGUUCCUCAACAACUCAUUCAAGUCAGUCUGGCAGUAAAUCAAACUCAAAUGGAAAAAUUUCCGCCUCACCAUUAAAGGUUUCAAGUUUCACAAGUUCCUCACCGCUCAAGCUCAUUCAACAACAGCAGCAACAACAAGGCACCUUGACACCCUUGCAAGAAACCCAAAAUUCGAUCACUCUCCAAGUCUCCACAAACCUAAGUCCCGUCACAUCGCCCCAAGAAUCAAGAACCGUUCAAAGCAGCGUCACCCUAGCGUCGAAUGCCAUCAGUUCAACAACAAUUUCCGGUUCGCCAGGCACGAAGAUCUACGUUCAUCAAAAUAAUUCCCCCAUCAGAUCAGUCGUCACUUUUGAGAACACCCAAACGAAGUCGAAUUCGGAGAAAGAGACUAAAGAGGAGAAGGAAAUCGAAACACAGAAAGAAGAAGAAAAAUUCUCCAAAAGAAACUCGGACGACUGGCGACAAUCGAUCAAGUUAGUCGAACGGCCCACAUCCCUCUAUGCUCUAAAACCGACCUUCAUGGAAAGCGAUAAGGAGAAUAAACCUAAGGAAGCGGAAACUCUUAAUAAACUAAAACUAACAAAUCGGUUGAAUAAUAGCCAACAUCGUAUCGACGGUUCUUCGAAUAAUAUAAACUCGAAUCAUGAGACGACGUCGACGACUACGACAACAGCUUUGCACUCGACUAAAAAUACAAACGACGCUAUGAAUAAUUCGAAGAAAUUGUCAUUAUCAAAAGACGCGUUGAGUUAUAAAAAUUUAUUGCGUCCAGGCUCGAAGAAUAAUAUCGCGUCCAAUCCACCGUCGCCAACGAAAUCAUUCGAUGGAAUUGGCGGUUCGUUUAAUAACGUAUUUAUUGAGAAUCUCGAGACAAUUGCACCGCAGGGUUCGGAGCCGAAUUUAGAGAAAUGCCGCGGUGAUUUAUACAGUUAUCCUAGUCUUAGUGAUAUGCAAGUACAAUUUAAGAGUUUAGCCGCGCAGAAAAUAUUGAAAGGCUGUCCAAUAAACAGCGUCGAUACACUCGUUGAGGUCAAUAUGGCCGCAACCGAGAAGCAAAAUAAUUGUGAUGUCACUGUUCAUACGGACUUUGGUGUCAUUUAGAUCUUCUUCUUUUUCUUCUUAAAUGACUUUUUUUAUCACAAUCAUCAGGUAUUAGGCUUUUUCAGU